CCGCCUAUGCUGCCGGUCUCCUGCCCGUCCCGCAGUCUGAGCUCGGGAGGUUCUGCUCGUGUGUGUCGUUGCCGGCCGGAUUCAUGGGAUCGCCACUGAGAUUCGACGGGCGGGUGGUUGUGGUCACCGGCGCAGGGGGAGGACUGGGCCGAGCCUAUGCUCUGGCUUUUGCAGAAAGAGGUGCAUCAGUUGUUGUGAAUGACUUAGGAGGAGACUUCAAGGGAGUUGGUAAAGGCUCCUUAGCUGCUGAUAAGGUUGUUGAAGAAAUAAGAAGGAAAGGCGGAAAAGCAGUGGCCAACUAUGAUUCAGUGGAAGCAGGAGAGAAGGUUGUGAAGACAGCUCUGGAUGCCUUUGGAAGAAUAGACAUUGUGGUUAACAAUGCUGGAAUUCUGAGGGACCGUUCCUUUAGUAGAAUAAGUGAUGAAGACUGGGAUUUAAUCCAUAGAGUUCAUUUGCGGGGCUCAUUCCAAGUGACCCGGGCAGCAUGGGAUCACAUGAAAAAACAGAAUUUUGGAAGGAUCAUUAUGACUUCAUCGGCUUCAGGAAUAUAUGGCAACUUUGGCCAGGCAAAUUAUAGUGCUGCAAAGCUGGGUCUUCUGGGCCUUGCAAAUAGUCUUGCAAUUGAAGGCCAGAAAAACAACAUUCAUUGUAACACUAUUGCCCCUACUGCUGGAUCACGGAUGACCAAGACCGUCUUGCCGGAAGAUAUCCUGGAAGCUCUGAAGCCGGAGUACGUGGCGCCCCUGGUCCUUUGGCUUUGCCAUGAGAGUUGCGAGGAAAAUGGUGGCUUGUUUGAGGUUGGAGCAGGAUGGAUUGGAAAAUUGCGCUGGGAGCGGAGCCUUGGAGCAAUUGUAAGACAGAGGAAUCAGCCGAUGACUCCUGAGGCAGUGAAAGCUAACUGGAGGAAGAUCUGUGACUUUGAAAAUGCCACCAAGCCUCAGAGAAUUCAAGAAUCAACUGGUGGUAUAAUCGAAGUUCUAAGUAAAAUAGAUUCAGAUGGAGGAGUUUCAGCAAAUCAUACCAGCCAUGCAGCAGCAAACGCCACAUCAGGAUUUGUUGAAGCUGUUGGCCAUAAACUUCCUUCAUUUUCUUCUGCUUACACGGAACUGGAAGCUAUUAUGUAUGCUCUUGGAGUGGGGGCAUCGAUCAAGGAACCGAAGGAUUUGAAAUUUAUUUAUGAAGGAAAUUCUGACUUUUCCUGUUUGCCUACCUUUGGAGUUAUUAUAGCUCAGAAAUCUAUAAUGGGUGGAGAAUUAGCAGAGAUUCCUGGGCUUUCAAUCAACUUAGCAAAGAUUCUUCAUGGGGAGCAGUACUUGGAGUUAUAUAAACCACUUCCCAGAGCAGGAAAAUUAAAAUGCGAAGCAGUUGUUGCUGAUGUCCUAGAUAAAGGAUCCGGUUUAGUAAUUCUUGUGGAUGUCUAUUCUUAUUCUGGGAAGGAACUUAUAUGUUAUAAUCAGUUCUCUAUAUUCCUUGUUGGCUCUGGAGGCAUUGGUGGAAAACGGACGUCAGACAAAGUCAAGGAAGCUGUACCCGUACCUAAUAGACGCCCUGAUGCUGUACUUACAGAUAUCACCUCACUUAAUCAGGCUGCUUUGUACCGCCUCAGUGGAGACUGGAAUCCCUUACACAUUGAUUCUAACUUUGCUAGCUUAGCAGGUUUUAACAGGCCCAUAUUACAUGGAUUAUGUACAUUUGGAUAUUCUGCCAGGCAUGUUUUACAGCAGUUUGCAGAUAAUGAUGUGUCAAGAUUCAAGGCAAUUAAGGCUCGUUUUGCAAAACCUGUAUAUCCAGGACAAACUCUACAAACUGAGAUGUGGAAGGAAGGAAAUAGAAUCCAUUUCCAAACCAAGACCCAAGAAACUGGAGACAUCGUCAUUUCAAAUGCUUAUGUGGAUCUUGUGCCAACAUCUGAUGUUUUGGCCAAGACACCUUCUGAGGGAGAGGAUCUUUCGAGUACCUUGGUAUUUGAGGAAAUAGGUCGCCGUCUUAAGGAUGUCGGGCACAAGGUGGUAAAGAAAGUAAAUGCUAUAUUUGAGUGGCAUAUCACUAAAGGUGGAAGUACUGCAGCUAAGUGGACUGUUGACCUGAAAAAUGGCUCCGGGAAAGUGUAUCGCGGCCCCGCAGAAGGCUCUGCUGAUGUUACAAUCACACUGUCAGAUGAGGAUUUCAUUGACGUGGUCCUGGGCAAGCUUGACCCUCAGAAGGCAUUCUUCAGUGGCAGGCUGAAGGCCAGAGGGAACAUCAUGCUGAGCCAGAAGCUUCAGAUGAUCUUUAAAGAAUAUGCUAACCUCUGAAGGACAUGCUUCAUUGUUAACAAAAAUAGAAGACUGUUCUCUUCACCCAGAUAUGCAACAAUGAUUCAGCAAAACUGAUCAAACCUAAGAUGCAGAGGAAAUUGCUUAACAUUUUCAGAUUUCAGAUAACUUUUCAGAUUUUCAUUUUCUACUAAUUUUUCAUGUUAUCUUUAUUUUUACAAGCAACUAUAAAAUAGCAUGUAAUUAUUCUUAUUAGAUCUUAUCUUCAUAAUAAAAAAUUUUCAUUCAAGUCUAGUCUCCAUAGAAUUGUGAUAGUGUUUAUAAGUUAAAGGAAAAUUAAAUGAGUCAAGGUCACUCUGA